UUAAAUGCAAACAAAUACAUCGUUGCUUGGGUUAGUUUCUGUGAAUUUAGUCUAACUAAACUCUGAAAUUUUUGUAGAUAAUCUAGUAAUAAAUCAAUGUGAAAAGCUUAUUUAAGUAAUAAAUAAAUGUUUCCAAAUACUUUCGGAGCUACCAAUAAAUUACAUACGUAAUAAUUCAGAAAAACACUACAUAUAAACAAUCAGAGCAAGACAUUCAAAAUCCAUACUUUAUAAUACUUGACAGUUCUUUACUACUACAAAAUCACACCAUUUUCGGUCUGACUUGCAAAUAUCAUGCCCCCAAAAAAGAAUCUUAAACUGGAAGAUCUGCAAAGUGUAGUGAACGAACUUCAAGAGGAGAUGAAAGGUCUUCGAUCCGAAGUCGAAUUUCUCAAAUCGCGUAAUGUUCAAGGAACAAGUCAAGAUACGCCAAAAGCCAUCUCCGCCAGUAAGAGGAACCUUAAAACCCCAACCUCAACUAAUGUCAACGUUACUUCCGACAACACUACCGACAGUCCUAUUUUCAACGAACGGACCAGGAGCGAAAAGGCCAAAGCAAGCCAAACACAACCGUCCACACAAGAAUUUUUAAAAACCACACUGCUCAACAAGGACAAACAAACGGGGAUGAAGCAAGGCGUUGAUUUAUCUGCAACUAUGAAGGAAAAUACACGGAGUCAGAGGGCAGGGGAAAAUGUGUUGAUGGUUCCACCUCAAACAAAGUAGUUACCAAAAAUUAUCAAUACUUUCUUGCAUUUCUUUCUUUGUAGAACUUUCAAUGUUUUCUGUAAGGAAGUGAUCAAUUUGCUUUAAAGUAGUUUCCUCGUCGUAAUUAUUAUUUUGUAAAAACUGUCCGGUUGUGUCCUCCGUUUCAUUAUGAUCAAGAUUAUGCAAAUUUGAGAUGGUAUUUUCUGUGUGAACUUCUGCCGUCUCAAUAAUUUUCUCUAGUUCUGAGAUAUUAUUAUCCUCUACAAAAACAAGAGAAAUAAAUUAGUCAGAUACUUUUAAAGCAUAAAAAUUCA